AGCUGGUCCCCAUCCAGGAACAGCUGUUUCAGGUUGCAUCAGGAUGAAUGAUGACGUAAGUAUGGAGGAGAAUGGUGUUGAAUGCUUGUAUUCUGAGAGCCUGCCACCAUCCAGGGAAUAUUCCACACUACCAUCUCCAGGACACACUUCAUCCACUGAUUCUGGAUCAGAAAUUUUGAAGGUGGCUUCUGGUGUCCUCGAUUGUAAAUCACUCUGUAAGGAAGAGGAGGAUACAAGAUCAGCUUCUGCUGUGAUAAAAAUCAAAGACACAAGUCCAGCUCACGAGAACAUUGUACUCCAAGGCUCUGUGAGUGAGGACAAAACCAUGUUAAAUCUGGAAGCCAAAGAGGAAUCGAAAACAAUAGAUGAGCAUAAAAAAGAAUGUGCUAUGGGAGACACUGCUGUUUCCUCUCUUCCUGAAACCACUGUGAAAUCAGUUAACUUUAAACAAAGUGACAAUGCUUCUGCUAAUGAGAAGGAGGUGGAGGCUGAAUUUCUCAGAUUAUCUUUGGGAUUUAAGUGUGAUUGGUUCACCUUGGAGAAAAGAGUGAAGCUUGAAGAAAGAUCUCGUGACUUGGCAGAAGAAAAUUUGAAAAAAGAAAUCACUAACUGUUUAAAGCUAUUGGAGUCUCUAACACCUCUUUGUGAAGAUGACAACCAGGCCCAGGAAAUCAUUAAGAAGCUGGAGAAUAGUGUGACGUUCCUUGACCAGUGCACAGCACGAGUUGCCAGCAGAGCUGAGAUGUUGGGAGCCAUUAAUCAGGAAAGCCGGGUUAGUAAAGCAGUUGAAGUCAUGAUUCAGCAUGUAGAAAACCUGAAGAGAAUGUAUGCUAAAGAGCAUGCUGAAUUAGAAGAAUUGAAACAGGUUCUUUUGCAAAAUGAAAGAUCUUUUAACCCUCUUGAAGAUGAAGAUGACUGCCAAAUUAAAAAACGCUCAGCUUCUCUAAACUCCAAGCCAUCUUCUCUUCGAAGAGUGACCAUUGCCUCUUUACCCAGAAAUAUUGGAAAUGCAGGAAUGGUAGCUGGGAUGGAAAAUAAUGACCGAUUCAGUAGGAGGUCAAGCAGUUGGCGUAUUUUGGGGACAAAGCAGAGUGAACACCGUCCCUCAUUACAUCGAUUUAUCAGCACCUAUUCCUGGGCAGAUGCUGAAGAAGAAAAAUGUGAACUAAAAACUAAAGAUGACUCAGAACCACCUGGAGAAGAAAUAGUAGAAAGGACCAGAAAGCCAAGUCUUACUGAAAAGAGAAAUAAUCCAUCAAAAUGGGAUGUCUCUUCAGUUUAUGACGCAAUAGCUUCCUGGUCUACAAAUCUCAAGACUUCCAUCAGAAAGGCUAAUAAGGCACUCUGGCUUUCUGUUGCGUUAAUUGUACUGUUUGCAGCUUUGAUGAGCUUCCUCACAGGCCGAUUUUUCCAAAAGUCUGUGGAUGCGGCUCCCACACAGGAUGGAGACUCCUGCGUGUCUCUAGAACAUAUCUUGUGGUCAUUUACCAGACUCCGACACAAUGGGCCACCGCCAGUGUGACUGCAGCACAUCCUAAUGUGUGUAUCUUGAUUUUUAACGUUUCAGUAUCUGAACUGUAUAAAUUUAGUAACUUUUGCCUGGGAAAUCAGAGCCUGGAACCGGAGGUUUUCAGAAUGACUGUAAGAUAUUUUGAAUUCCCUCUUUUUGUGAUUACCUUCCCAAUUAAAAUACUAUGGGGAGGAAGCUUGCCUAUAAUCUUCUAAAGAGCUUUUUGAGGAGGAGAUAUUAAAUAUUGUUUGUUCAGAUUUAGUGAAAUAAAGAAUGAUUAAAUCUUCGUACAGUAAAAGUCUUGGUAGACUAAUAUUCAUAGGGAAAAUCCC